GGUAAAAUUGAAUGUCAGUUUGAAAUGUUGAGCAGUGCUGAAGCUGAAAGUAAUCCUGUUGGUUUAGGUCGUGAAGAACCUAAUGGACUGCCAAAACCAGAUCGACCAGAUGGUUCAUUCAUGAAAUUUCUUGGACCAUUGAAUACACUUCGAUAUUUAAUUAAAUAUCGUUUAAAAUGGAUAUUAAUUAAAAUUUUUGUUAUAUUUUUAGUUUGUUUAAUUGUUUUCUUAUUUCUUUAUAGUUUUCCUGGUGCUAUUGUUCAAAAAAUGGUUAAUGGUUAAUGGUUAAUAAAAAAAAUAAUAAAUUAUUAUUAUUUCUCUUUGUUUGUUUAGGGUAAUAUUUUAUUGAUUUUUUUAUUGAUUUCUGCUUUUCUUCUUCUACUUCUCCUUCUUCUUUGUGUCAUUGAGACUAAACC